AAAAAUAACUGAUAGACUUUUGGUGUCGGUCGAGUGCUUAUGAGUUCACGGCGGACUUUGUGACAGCAAAGAAAUAAAUGAACGGUACGUUUUUUAACAAAGCCAUUGCACACGGUCGCUUAAUUUACAUCAUUUACCUGAUACUCGUUGUUGAAUAAGUACUUGUGAAAUGGAAAAAUUAGUGAAAGUGAAGAAACCUACGGAGGAGGAACAAAUUCACAACACUUUUAAUGCUUUACGAACAGAACAAAGACAACUCGCAACGAAAUUAUCCGAAAUUGAGUUGGAUCUCAAUGAACACAGUAUUGUUAUCGAUACUCUAAACAAGUUGGACGAAGAUAGAAAAUGUUUUCGACUGAUUGGUGGAGUAUUGGUUGAAAGGAAGAUUUGUGAUGUACUACCUACACUUGUUAAAAACAGAGGAGAAAUGGGGAAAAUUGUGAAAACGUUGAACGAACAGUUAACUAAAAAAGGAAUUGAAAUCAAUGAAUUCAAAAAUAAACAUAACAUACAAGUAAAAGGUGGAUUCACCCCAAUUUCAGAAAUGGUUGAAAGUCAAACUGGUGAAAAGAAAACAGAACAUAGUGGUUCAGUAAUCGUUAAUACCUAAUGUGUAAUUUUGGUCUAAAUUUUGAAAAAAUUGUUCGUGCUUUUAGUUGCAUAUGAUAUUGCUCUGGGGUGCAUAUGUUUUUAAAUUACUAUAUUGUCUUAUAUAACUGUUUUAAAAGUUUAUAAGUGACAAAAUAAUUAAAAGGCUAA